UCAGGUUGAUCGCCUUAAGGCCCGCUUAGUUGCUAAAGGCUAUACUCAAGUUUAUGGUUCUGAUUAUGGUGACACAUUCUCCCCUGUUGCCAAGAUUGCUUCUGUCCGCUUGCUUCUGUCCAUGGCUGCUAUGUGUUCUUGGCCUCUUUAUCAGUUGGAUAUUAAAAAUGCCUUCCUUCAUGGUGAUCUUGCUGAGGAAGUUUAUAUGGAGCAACCUCCUGGUUUUGUUGCUCAGGGGGAGUCUGGUUUAGUGUGCAGGUUACGCCGCUCUCUAUAUGGCUUGAAACAAUCUCCUCGAGCAUGGUUUAGCCGUUUUAGUUCUGUUGUUCAAGAGUUUGGCAUGCUUCGCAGUACAGCAGACCAUUCAGUUUUUUAUCAUCAUAACUCCUUGGGGCAGUGUAUUUAUCUGGUUGUUUAUGUGGACGACAUUGUCAUUACAGGCAGUGAUCAGGAUGGUAUUCAGAAACUAAAGCAACAUCUUUUUACCCACUUUCAGACCAAAGACUUGGGGAAACUCAAGUAUUUCUUGGGAAUUGAGAUAGCUCAAUCCAGUUCUGGUGUGGUCCUUUCCCAAAGGAAGUAUGCUUUAGACAUCCUGGAAGAAACCGGUAUGUUAGACUGUAAACCGGUAGACACACCUAUGGAUCCGAAUGUCAAACUUGUACCAGGACAGGGGGAGCCUUUAGGAGACCCCGGGAGAUAUCGACGGCUCGUAGGUAAAUUGAACUAUCUCACCAUUACUCGUCCAGACAUUUCUUUUCCUGUGAGUGUUGUUAGUCAAUUCCUACAGUCACCAUGUGAUAGCCAUUGGGAUGCCGUAAUCCGUAUUCUUCGAUAUAUCAAAAGUACACCAGGCCAAGGUGUAUUGUACGAGAACAGAGGUCAUACUCAAGUUGUUGGUUACACAGAUGCAGAUUGGGCUGGCUCACCCACAGAUAGACGUUCCACUUCAGGGUACUGUGUUUUUAUUGGAGGUAAUCUAAUAUCUUGGAAGAGUAAGAAACAAGAUGUAGUGGCCAGAUCUAGCGCUGAAGCCGAGUAUCGAGCUAUGGCUUUGGCAACAUGUGAACUCAUAUGGUUGAGACAUCUUCUUCAGGAGUUGAGAUUUGGAAAGGAUGAACAGAUGAAACUCAUCUGUGAUAACCAGGCCGCAUUACAUAUUGCAUCCAAUCCAGUCUUUCAUGAAAGGACCAAGCAUAUUGAAGUUGACUGUCAUUUCAUUAGAGAGAAGAUCGCAUCAGGAUGUGUUGCUACAAGUUUUGUCAAUUCAAAUGAUCAACUAGCAGACAUCUUCACUAAAUCUCUCAGAGGUCCUAGGAUUAAAUAUAUUUGUAACAAGCUUGGUGCAUAUGACGUAUAUGCUCCAGCUUGAGGGGGAGUGUUGAAUAUAAUGUAUGUAUAGUAUACUAUCUUUCCUUGUUAAUAUAGGUCACAUGUAUGGUAGUUAGGACUCCUAGCCUUGUAUAUAUAUAUCUCUCAAUUGUAAGUAGAGAUUACAAUGAAUGUGAAUAAGGUUUUUCUC